AGAGCACGGCGAACGAGCCGGAGCCGGAGCCGGGGUAAGACAGAUAGAGGAAUGAAUUGAAUGGAUUCAAUGGAUUGGGAUAUUAGCCGGCUGUUGGUGCGAUAGAGUAGACUUCGUAUGAAUGUUCGUGAUUGAUGUAUCUCGCAUGUGCUUUCUCGCCCGUGUUCUGGGGACAACGAUGACGAAUGACGCACAGGAAGCUGCUAGAAAAAAAAAAGCAAAAAAGCUUCACGAACCGCAAAUCCCGAAACCGACGAAGCAGGGCGAACGAAUGAACCGCUUGUCAACGAUGUCACCUGCAGCUGAGGACAAGAGUCGAUCGGCAUCCAGAGCAGCCAACGAGCUGGGCAGGUUUGCGCACGGGGUUCGCGGAAUUAUAUCAUUGAUGGGAACCCUGGAGAGAAGAGGAUGGAGAAUGGAGAAACCGGGCUCGGGCAAAGGAGGCCAGACCAAGGCAUGGAAAGAUAAGGUGUCCACUAGUAUGGAGCAAAGCGUGGGCGCUAACAGGCAUCGCACAGGUGGCAGCCCAGCGGGUGUCUGCGCCUAUGGGGCCCUUAUGGGGCACUGCCAUGGUGGGUGGAGGGGGCGCUACAGUUGAUGCAUGCACGAGAAGACUCGACUCGACAGGGCUCUAGUUCCAGCUAUCGUCACAGGCCGGGCUGAGCGUUGAGGGGGCCUCCAGCUAGCAAGAUUUACAGUAGCUGGCGGAGGCUCGCUCACUAAGACGGCCAUCAAAUGUAAAUUGCCACAGGAGAAUAAGUUAAUUGGAAUUAAAUACGAA